GCCAGGGUCGCUGGCGGCUGGGCUGGCGGCGCGGCCGCCUGAAUCCUGGCCCGUCCUGUUUGGGGUAGGGAGCUGAUUCGCACCGCGCGGGCUGUCGGCUCGAGCUGGACAGACAGCUCUGCGCACUUCUCUUUGAUCCUGAUUGAAUCAAUGCUGUACAUAAAUGUUCUCCAUAAAGCUGAGAUAUGCCCACUGUUGAAAGUGAAGCAAAAGCAAAAACCAAAGUUCGCUUUGAAGAAUUGCUUAAGAUCCAUAAUGAUCUAAUAUGUGAAAGAAAAAAACUGAAGAAAAAACGUGUCAAAUCUAGAGAAAACAUCUCACUUGACACUGUUAAAAGCAAUCUUCAGAAUAUUAAAGAAACUACAAAUGAUGAUGUAAGUGCAACUAGCACUAAUAACCCAGAGAAGAGCAUGCGAGUUACUAAAAACUGCACUAAACUGAGGCAUACACAAUCAGCAACUGAAAAUCCAGAUGAUGAUGUUAGUGUAGAGGAAGACAAACAAGGAAAGCCAAAUAAAAAGGUAAUAAAGACAGUACCUCAAGUGACUGCAGAAAUGGAACCAGAAACUUCUGAGACGGUGGAAUCUACACAUCAGAAAACACAUACAAAGUCACAGCCGGGUGUUGAUCAUCAGAAGAUUGAGAAGGCAAAUGAGGGGAUAGAAAAUAAUAAUUUAGAAGAGCAAGAAGAAUUAUUGCAAACAUAUCAACUCCAAGUAGCUGAAGAAAUGGCAAAGGAGAUCAAGAAGAAAAUAAGAAAGAAACUGAAAGAACAGUUGACUUACUUUCCCUCAAAUACUUUAUUGGACGAUGACAAAUUGAGCAGUAUGCAUGAUGACAAAUUGAGCAGCGAAAAAAGAAAAAAGAAAAAAAAGAAAGUUCCAGUUCUGUCUAAAGCUGAAACAAGUACAUUGAGUGUCUCUGAUGACACAGUUGAAGGUGAACAAAAGGAAGAAUCUCCAGUUGGAACAGUUACUUCAGAUCCUCAUCAAGAUGUUGAAAUUAGCUCAGUGGAACAAAAUGUAGAUGACAACAUGCAAGAUAACACAAAGUCUAAACCAAAAAAAACAAAAAAGGCUAAAGCAGUUCCAGAUGAUAACGAAGAUGUUGAUGGUGAUGGUAUUCAUGAAAUAACAAGCCGGGAUAGUCCAGUUUAUCCCAAAUGUUUGCUUGAUGACGACCUUGUCUUGGGAGUCUACAUUCACCGAACUGAUCGUCUUAAGUCAGAUUUUAUGAUUUCUCACCCAAUGGUAAAAAUUCAUGUGGUUGAUGAGAAUACUGGUCAAUAUGUCAAGAAAGAUGAUAGUGAACGGCCUGUUUCAUCUUACUAUGAAAAAGAGAGUGUGGAUUAUAUUCUUCCUAUUAUGACCCAGCCCUAUGAUUUUAAGCAGUUAAAAUCAAGACUUCCAGAAUGGGAAGAACAAAUUAUAUUUAAUGAAAAUUUUUCCUAUUUGCUUCGAGAUUUUGAUGAGAGUCCUAAAGUCAUCUUGUUCUUUGAGAUUCUUGAUUUCUUAAGCAUGGAAGAAAUUAAGAAUAAUUCUGAGGUUCAAAACCAAGAAUGUGGCUUUCGGAAAAUUGCCUGGGCAUUUCUUAAGCUUCUGGGAGCCAAUGGAAAUGCAAACAUCAAUUCAAAACUUCGCUUGCAGCUGUAUUACCCACCUACUAAGCCUCGGUCCCAAUCAAACGUUGUUGAGGUUUUUGAAUGGUGGUUAAAAUGUCCAAGAAAUCGUUAUCCAUCAACAUUGUAUGUAACUGUAAGAGGACUGAAAGUUCCAGACUGUAUAAAGCCAUCUUACCGCUCUAUGAUGGCUCUUCAGGAGGAAAAACCAGUGUAUUGCGAACGUCACCGUGAGUCAAGUUCAGUAGACAUAGAACCUGGAUUAGAAGAUUCAAAGGAAGUAAUAAAGUGGAAACGACUGCCUGGGCAGGCUUGCCGUAUCCCAAACAAGCACCUCUUCUCACUAAAUGCAGGAGAACGAGGAUGUUUUUGUCUUGAUUUCUCCCACAAUGGAAGAAUAUUAGCAGCAGCCUGUGCUAGCCGGGAUGGAUAUCCAAUUAUUUUAUAUGAAAUUCCUUCUGGACGUUUCCUGAGAGAAUUAUGUGGCCACCUCAAUAUCAUUUAUGAUCUUUGCUGGUCAAAAGAUGAUCGCUAUAUCCUUACAUCAUCAUCCGAUGGCACUGCCAGGAUAUGGAAAAAUGAAAUAAGUAAUACAAAUACUUUCAGAGUUUUACCUCAUCCUUCAUUUGUUUACACGGCUAAAUUCCAUCCAGCUGUAAGAGAGCUCGUGGUUACAGGUUGCUAUGAUUCUAUGAUACGGAUAUGGAAAGUUGAUCUGAGAGAGGAUUCUGCCAUAUUGGUCCGACAGUUUGAUGUUCACAAAAGUUUUGUCAACUCGCUCUGUUUUGAUGCUGAAGGUCAUCACAUGUACUCAGGAGACUGCACAGGGGUGAUUGUUGUUUGGAAUACCUAUGUCAAUGUUAAUGAUUUGCAACAUUCAGUGCACCACUGGUCUAUAAAUAAGGAAAUUAAAGGAACUGAGUUUAAGGGGGUUCCAAUAAGUUAUUUGGAGGUUCAUCCCAAUGGAAAACGUUUGUUAAUCCAUACCAAAGACAGUACUUUGAGAAUUAUGGAUCUCCGGAUAUUAGCAGCAAGGAAAUUUGUAGGUGCAGCAAAUUAUCGGGAGAAAAUUCAUAGUACUUUGACACCAUGUGGGACUUUUCUCUUUGCUGGAAGUGAGGAUGGUAUAGUAUAUGUUUGGAAUCCAGAAACAGGAGAACAAGUAGCCAUGUAUUCUGACCUGCCAUUCAAGUCACCCAUUCGAGAUAUUUCUUAUCAUCCAUUUGAAAAUAUGGUUGCAUUUUGUGCAUUUGGGCAGAAUGAGCCAAUUCUUCUGUAUAUUUAUGAUUUCCAUGUAGCCCAGCAAGAGGCUGAAAUGUUCAAACGCUACAAUGGAACAUUUCCAUUACCUGGAAUACACCAAAGUCAAGAUGCCUUAUGCACCUGUCCUAAGCUGCCCUAUCAAGGCUCUUUUCAGAUUGAUGAAUUUGUCCACACUGAAAAUUCCUCAACAAAGAUGCAGCUGGUGAAACAGAGACUCGAAACUGUCACAGAGGUGAUACGAUCCUGUGCUGCAAAAGUCAACAAAAAUCUCUCGUUUACUUCACCACCACCAGCCUCCUCACGACAGACUAAGUUAAAACAGUCAAACAUGCUGACCACUCAAGAAAUUUUACAUCAGUUUGGUUUCCCUGAGACAGGGAUUACCAGCAUAGAAAGAAAGCCUUGUAACCAUCACACAGAUACAGCACCAACGGUAGUGGCUCUUUAUGACUACACAGCGAAUCGAUCAGAUGAACUAACCAUCCAUCGUGGAGACAUUAUCCGAGUGUUUUUCAAAGAUAAUGAAGACUGGUGGUAUGGCAGCAUAGGAAAGGGACAGGAAGGUUAUUUUCCAGCUAAUCAUGUGGCUAGUGAAACACUCUAUCACGAACUGCCUCCAGAGAUAAAGGAGCGAUCUCCUUCUUUAAGCCCCCAGGAAAAAACUAAAAUGGAAAAACCUCCUUCAGCUCCUCAAAAGCAGUCAGUCCAUAACGACAGGUCCCAGGAUUUCAGAUGGGGCUUAGAGUCUAUGACACGUUCUGAAAUGGGCAAAGAACAGAGCCGUGAGGACCGAGGACACAUAAUGGACAUGCACGUGAAGAAGCGUGAGCAAACAGGCCGAAAAGUCACCCUAACAGAGUAAAGAGUCGAAAAAGAAGGAAGAGAUACCCAAAUGCACAGAGAUGAAAUGACAAAUUAAACCAAAUGGAAUUUCUCUUCAGAGUUCAGAAUUUUCAGAUACUAAGGAAGGAGGGAUCCAAUACUUGUUCUUAGGAAAGACUCUAGAAAAAUCAGAAGCAAGGCAAGUUGUGGGUGGAAAAGUCAAUGUGGCCUUUGAGCUUAGUUGUUAUAAACCAUUGUGAUUGUUGUUGGUCAAAGUAUUGGUAUUUGUAUUAUUAGUAAUUACAUCAAAAUUGCAUUACCAGUGUUGGAAAACUAAUAAAGAAAAAACAUAAUUGCUACUCAGCAAAUGUGAAUAAAAAGUGUUUGCAUUGUUAGGGUGUCUAUUAAGUAAUUGUUUAAUAUUAUUAUAUCUGUAAUGUGGUUAUAUGUGUGAUGUUAUGCUCAGAAUAUGAAGUAUCUGCUUUUGAAAUUAACUUUAUUUAAAAGAUAAGCAGCUUUAGAAUAUUGUGUAUUCAAAAGGUCCCAGUAACAAAGGCAUUAAAAGAAAACAAUUUGCUUUUUUGAAUUAAAAUUUUAUGUUUCUUAUGAAUGAAUCAUAUGUAUAACUUGAUACACCUAAACUAAAAGAGAUUUUUGGCUGAACUAGCAACAGUGUUCCAAAUUUCUUUACUUUUUAAAAAAGGCAUUUUGUAUUUAAGCAUAUAAAUAAUAUGUAGACUUACAUUAUUUUAUAUUUAUUUUAGUAUUUGUUUUUAAAUUAUUACAUUGCAUUAUUUAUUUCUUUAGUUCCAGAGUAACAGUGUUGUCAUGUGACUGUAAGUUUUGAAGUUUGAUAUUAUAAUAGGGAAAUUCUUUUUUUGUUGUUUUUUUUCUUUGACUUUUCUCCUUUCUUAAGUAUGUGAUAGGUCUGUCAAUAAAAUGUUUAACCCCAAGGCAGUCAAAACUAAUAUAAAAUUAGAAAAACUUACCUUCCAAAUUAGACAAUUGAUUCCUUAAAAAUAAGAAGUGAGAAAAACUGUGUUGGGCAUUGAGGUGUAAAUUUUGCCCAGAUGUGUACCCGAUGUGAAAUAUCUUCUGGUAAAAACAUAUAUGGCUCUUAUCCCUGCACAUGUUGUAGAGGCAUAAAAAUUGGUAAACAUGUCCCCGCUGUGUGGAACUUUUUAUAAAAGGCAUUUUCAAAAGUGUUGAGUGUCACUGAUGACUGCUGAAGCCUGCAGCCAUUGGUGCAGAAGUCUGUUCUGAUCGUGUCGAGCUUUCAUUGUUCUGGAUGCACAAGUCUGUGCUUCAGGUACCGCUGGGCCUGGUCAGUUUGAGUCACCCUUGUACAAGCUUGUUCUUUCUGUCUUGUGAAUGCACUUGAUUAUUUAAAAAUAAAAAUAUAUGUCUCUCUGCA